GCGGGUCGGACCGUAUAUUUUAUCGAUAGGUCACACUGGUCGUGCGUGCGAGCGCGAUAAGUGAAAAACAAUUUUCUCUGCUUUGUUGUUUGUUGUAAGAAUAAUAAUUAAUAUCAAAAUAAGUGCGCUGUUAUUUUGCGUGCGUACAUAUAUGGAAUCAAUGCGCCAUUGUUAGUAGGCAGCGCUGCCCAGCGAAAGUGCGAGUGAAAAUAAAAAUAGCGAAAUCUUAUUACAAAAUUACAAAAAUAUGCCAUAAAAUCAAUAAUAAUAAAGGAAAACUCGACAAACAGCUGCAAAAAACAGACAAACAGCCGCCAGAAGUCAGAAUCCAGAACUAGAUCAAUCCCAAUUAAGUCAUCUUCGUGCAGUGAGUGCUCUGGAAUAAUUCCGAACAGUGCAGUGCAAGUUUUUUGCAAAACAUUUACAAAACGCAGUUCCACCCCCGAUUCUGGGUAGGAGGAGGAGGAGGAUCACCACCACCAUCAUUGGAUGCCAGACCAUCGACCGUCGCUGAUUGCAAGCUGAAUUCUCAACCCACCAGCAGCCAGCGCAGAAAACAACCCUAUGGAUGACCCAUCAAUCAAGAAACGGUUAAUAGAUUUGUGCACCGACGAACAUGAUUACGAUGAAGUUCAGGAGCUGCCAGAAGAGUCAAGCAUUCAGCAGCAGCAGCAGCAGCAGCCCUUGGAGUCAUCAUCAAUCGCCCCAACGAGUAGCACGACGAACGGUGGUAGCAGCAGCGCGGGAACGGGAACUGGAACUGGAACUGGCACUGGAACAGUUGUGCCAUCUGUGGUUGCGUCAACGCCAGCAGCAGCAGUUGUUGUUGCCGUGGAUUCAGUGCCAGAGCUGCCUUCGCCCAAACAGAAAUCUGUGAAGAAUUCGAAAAACAAACAGAAGCAAAAGCAGUUGGCGAACAAAUCGAAAAUACCCCGAUCCCCAUCGUUGGCUAGCAGCCUGAGCAGUCUGGCCAGCAGUUUUAGUAGCCACAGAGACAAGGAUAAAGAUAAGGACAAGGAGAAGGAUAAGGAUAAGGAUAGGGAUAGGGAGAGUCAGAGCAGUUCCGUGCCACCACAGACCCCGCCAUUGCCAGCCGGCUACCAGCAGGCGAACAAACAGAGCCAAAUGAAUGGUGAAGCCACUGCUGGUGGCACAGCACCAGCCACCCCCACAGCCCACCACAACAAUAACAAUAAUGUAGCCGGGGAUAAUCCUCUGCUUGGGCCUGCAGAUCGCAGUAGCCUCAACCUGACAACACCCCUAGGGGGCAACCAUCCCCAGACACCGAUAGCGGGCGAGGGAACAACGCCAGCGACGACGCCAACGACGCCAAGUUUAGCAUUACCAAAAAAUUUUCAGUAUUUAACCCUGACAGUGCGUAAGGACGAGAACGGAUAUGGGAUGAAGGUUUCCGGCGACAAUCCAGUGUUUGUGGAGAGCGUUAAGCCUGACGGGGCAGCCCAGGUUGCUGGUCUCGUCGCUGGCGAUAUGAUACUGAAGGUGAACGGACAGGAAGUGCGCCUCGAGAAGCAUCCCACGGUCGUGAGUCUGAUAAAAGCCUCUACCAUUGUGGAGUUGGCCGUGAAGCGCCAGAAGAUGACACGUCCAGCGUCCGUUGGUGUGGUGACCACGCCCAUGACACCGAUUCUGUCGGGAAGGGAUCGAACCGCAUCCAUUACAGGGCCCCAACCGGUCGACAGCAUCAAGCGUCGUGAGAUGGAAUCGUACAAGAUUCAGACGUUGCAGAAAAUGCUGGAGCAGGAGAAGCUGAAUCUGGAGCGACUGAAGAGCGAUCAGAACAAUCCCAGCUACAAGUUGUCGGAGGCGAAUAUCCGUAAGCUGCGAGAGCAGCUCCAUCAAGUGGGAGCCGAGGAUGCACCAACAAUUAAACUCCAAGCAGCCGCGAGCAACAAGAACACCGCAUUACUAACGCCCAAUCAAAUCCAACACUUGUCUACGUCCGCCACUCACAACAAUCCGCAUCAGCAUCAGCAAUUCCAUCAUCUCCACAGCCACAGCCACAACAACUAUCAGCAGCAACAGCCACUGCCACCGCAGCCCCUAGCACACCACUCCUCACCCGCAUUCCUAUCCCUCCUGCCGCGUUCUCUCUCGUCCCUGUCGCUGGGCACACGCAAGAAUCGGAUCGAGAAGGACUUUGUUGCCUCCUCGCCGUUCAACAACACGGCGGACUUCCUGCAGCACCAGCGGAUGCAGCACCAGGCCGAGGCCAUGUCCCAGUCCUUGCACCAGCACACAUCCACACCUACCAUGCAGCAGCAGCAGCAACCGUUCUUCCAUCCGCACCUCCAACAGCUACAACAGCAGCAGCAGCAGCAGCAGCAGCAUCGGUUCAAGGAGACUCCCAAGUCAGCCGCCGGUUCGAAGAGCAAGAAUAAGUUCCAAAUAUCCAAGAGCCUGAUCGAGGAGGAUGUGCCGCCACCGCUGCCGCAGCGGAACCCUCCCAGGCAGCUGAAUCUCGACCUGAAGAACGGCAACGCAUCACCACAGAGCGGGCAUUUGAUGGCGCCCGUCUCCGACCUGGACAGAGCUACCAGUCCACAGCUGAACAGAUCGCAAUUGGGCGUCAGCGGCAGCGGCAGCAACAGCAACGACAACAGUCCCAGCAGCAAUGCCAGCAAGUCCAAGCGAUCGAAGGUCAAGACCAAGGCACUGUCCGAUCCAAAGAUGUCCACGCAAAUGUUUCUGCAAAUGGAAUCGGCGUGUGCCCCUGGAGGAGCCUCCGGUAGUGGGCUCGUAGUGGACGGUGGACCGCCACCAUUGCCCCCGCGUCUGCCGGGCAUGAUGUCGGAGGAUAUGAGUCGUGGCAGCUGCCAGAAUCUGGCCCAGCCCAACUCCCUGAACACGAUGUUCAACUAUCCCCUGGUUUCCACGUGCACAGCCGUGCAGAGCGACAACCUGAAGGCGGCCUUUCCGCUCUCCCAGCGGCCGAACAUUGUCCAGCAGCUGCAGCAGCAUCAGCAGCAGUUAAGCAGUGGCCAGGCCACAGCCGCCCUGGGACAGACACCCAAUUUGGGCAAGAAGAAACACCGACGCGUUGGCUCCUCACCGGACAAUAUGCAUCCACGACAUCCAGAUCGUCUGACGAAAACCACUUCCGGUUCGUGGGAGAUUGUGGAGAAGGAUGGGGAAGUGACGCCGCCAGGAACACCGCCGCCACCAUAUCUGACCAGCUCUCACAUGACGGUGCCCGAGGACCCGAACGAACAGUGCAUGGGGGCCGCCGGAGCUGGAAUCUUCAUUGAAUCGCAUCACUAUACGCCAAUGGGAGGUACUCCGUCGCCGAUACCGACGUCUCUACAUUCCAGCCAUUCCAUACAGGCGGCACAGUCGAACGACACGCAGAAGGAGAUCAUCUCAAUGGAGGACGAGAACUCGUCCGAUCAGGAGGGGCCCUUCAUCGACGAAAACGGGCCGUUCAACAAUCUCACACGCCUGCUCGAGGCGGAGAAUGUCACCUUCUUGGCGGUGUUCCUCAACUACGUACUCUCGAACUCGGAACCGGCGCCGCUGCUGUUCUACCUGAUCACAGAGCUCUACAAGGAAGGCACUUCGAAGGAUAUGCGCAAGUGGGCGUACGAGAUACACUCGACAUUCCUUGUGCCGCGCGCCCCGCUCUCGUGGUAUCGCCAGGACGAGUCGCUGGCCAGGGAAGUGGACAAUGUACUGCAGCUGGAGUUCGACAAGGUAGAGAUCCUGCGAACCGUAUUCCUGCGAAGCCGUAAGCGCGCGAAAGACCUCAUCAGCGAGCAGCUGCGAGAGUUCCAGCAGAAGCGCACCGCCGGCCUGGGCACCAUCUACGGUCCGACGGAUGAGAAGCUGGCCGAAGCGAAGACGGACAAGCAGCGAGAGCAAAUCAUCGACAAGUAUUUAAUGCCCAAUCUUCAAUUGCUAACCGAGGACUUUGAGAAGGACUCACCGACAGAGGAUGUGCGCAAACAGGCCCUGUGCUCGGCCCUCUCAACGGUGAUCUAUCGCAUCUUCAAUACGCGUCCCCAUCCCAACAGUAUUGUGGAACGUGUGCACCACUUUGUCAGCAGAGACAAGAGCUUCAAGUCACGUAUAAUGGGUAAAAAUCGAAAGAUGAAUGUUCGUGGUCAUGCAUUGAUAUUGCGUCAAUACUAUGAAGUGACGCACUGCAAUCAUUGUCAAACGAUUAUAUGGGGAGUUAGCCCCCAAGGCUAUCAUUGUACAGACUGUAAGCUGAAUAUACACCGUCAGUGCUCGAAAGUCCUGGACGAGAGCUGUCCCGGCCCACUGCCGCAGGCCAAGCGGAUGGUCCAUAACGAUAAGAUUAGUAAAUUUAUGGGAAAGAUUCGACCACGCACCAGCGAUGUAGUUGGAAAUGAAAAACGCAGCCGGCAAGAUGAGGACUUGGACGUUGAUAUGACUCCAGAGCGCGGACAGUCCUCGAUUGUGCGCCAACCAUCGGAUCGUCGACCGGAUGCGAAUAUAUCAAUGCGUUCGAAUGGGAAUGCAUCCUGCAACACCUCUGCGCUGAACAGCACUGACCUGCAAAGUUCGUUUCAUGGCAGCAGCGCCAACGACAGUAUUAACCCAAGUGGCGGCACCAUUUGCCCCAUGGAACUGUCAACGAGUGUGGCGUCAACGGCCCCAUCGAGCAGUGGUUCAGUCUCUGCCGGUCUGAGCGCUUUUGCCGAGCUGAAUGCACCGGAUACGGUGGAUAAAGAUGCGCGUAGAGAACGAUACACCCAAAAUCCGCAGCACAAGAGCGCGCCAGUGUCUGUGAAUCGCUCGGAGUCGUACAAGGAGCGCUUGUCCAACAAAAGGAACCGCAACAGUCGCCGCAAGACCUCUGAUCCAAGUUUAUCGUCACGUCCGAAUGAGGAACAACUGGAUUUGGGGCUUUCGAAUGCCAACUAUGUGGCCAGUUCCAAUUCUAGUCUCUCUUCAGCUGGUGGCUCCGAAAGCCCCAGCACAUCGAUGGAACACUUUGCGGCUAGUGGUGCGGCAGGAGGGCCCGCCAGUGCUGGGGCCCUUGCCAUGUCAAGAGAAUUGAACCUGAAUCAGCAUCCCUAUUUACUCAGACAGCAGCAUGCCCAGCAGCACUGUCAGCAGGACUCGUUUCAGUGCGGCAGUGUGGCGGCCGGUGGUAGCAGCAUAGCCUCCAGUAAUUCGAGCUUUUGGAGUGCCGGACACCCACUGAACCGGCAAUGGAACAUGGACAGCGACGACGACGAGGAUCUCAAUGAGGCCGAUUGGAGUUCAAUGGUGGCGGCCGAGAUGCUUGCAGCCCUCACCGAUGCCGAAAAGAAGCGUCAGGAAAUUAUUAAUGAAAUUUAUCAAACGGAACGCAACCACGUACGCACGCUCAAACUGCUCGAUCGGCUGUUCUUCCUGCCCCUCUAUGAGAGCGGGAUGCUCUCGCAGGACCAUCUGUUGCUGCUCUUUCCACCCGCGUUGUUGACGCUGCGUGAGAUUCACGGAGCCUUCGAGCAGCAGCUGAAGCAGCGACGCAUCGAGCACAAUCACGUGGUGAAUCACAUUGGGGACCUGCUCGCGGAUAUGUUUGAUGGCCAGUCCGGGGACGUUCUGUGCGAGUAUGCGGCUCAGUUUUGCGCGCGACAACAGAUCGCCCUUGAGGGGCUGAAGGAGAAGCGGAACAAGGACGAGCAGUUGCAGAAGUUGCUGCGGAAGUCGGAGUCGCACAAGGCCUGCCGUCGCCUCGAGCUGAAGGACUUGCUGCCGACCGUUUUGCAGCGCCUGACCAAAUAUCCAUUGCUCUUCGAGAAUCUGCACAAGGUCACGGUUCGGGUAUUGCCCGAGAAUACCGACGAAGCGGAGGCCAUACAGCGUGCCGUCGAAUCCUCGAAGAGAAUACUCGUUGAGGUGAACCAGGCCGUGAAGACAGCCGAGGAUGCUCACAAACUACAAAACAUCCAGCGCAAAUUGGAUCGAUCCUCCUAUGACAAGGAGGAGUUUAAGAAGCUGGACUUGACGCAACAUCGCCUGAUACACGACGGCAACCUGACAAUGAAGAAGAACCCCAGCACACAGCUGCACGGCUUGCUCUUCGAAAACAUGAUCGUGCUACUCACCAAACAGGAUGACAAAUAUUCGCUUAAGAAUCUGCACACUCCUCUGGUGGUCAACAACAAGCCGGUUAGCCCCAUCAUGAGCAUUGAUGCGGAGACGUUGGUGCGCCAGGAGGCGGCCGACAAGAAUUCCUUUUUUCUCAUCAAAACAAAGACAUCACAAAUGCUGGAGCUGCGUGCCCCCAGCAGUUCCGAGUGCAAGACAUGGUUCAAGCACAUCUCGGAUGCUGCAGCACAGCACUCGAAGCAUCGGCCGAAGAACGCUUCCAAUAGCCAUGACACGAGCAUCGGUGAUCCGGCAGUCACCACCAUACCGCAUUCCAACACCAAGGAGUCCCUGGAGCUGGCGUCCGAGUGCCCGCAGCCAAUGGCCGCCACCGCGACUGUGACAACGACACCAUUGGCACCGAUGCUGCCAAUAGCCACAGUCACGCCCGCACCUGCAACAAGCAACAGCAACGUCAGCAGCGGCAGCACCACCUCUGGUGGCGUCCAGCUGCGAAAUGUUCACCGAGAAUCGACGGGACCAAGCGACACCGAUGCCGAUUAUGUCAACACGCCCAAGCAGCAGCGUCUUAGCCAGAACGAUGUUAACCGCUCCAUGUCGAUACGCAGCAGUGGCGAUGGUGCUGGCACCAGCAGCUCUACCAAUGGGUCAGCGGACCAGAACGACGUCACUCUGCGCCACUCACAGUCUGUGAGGGAGAGCCAGGGAGCCAGGAAGGUGGAAUCGGCCGGCGAGGAGCGCAACUCGAGCUACGGGCUGGUGGGGGGCCACUCAAAGCGCGACAGCGCCAGCAUUGUCUGCUCGAACAACUCGAACAACACGCGCACGUUGUUGAUGCAGAGUCCGCUGGUGGAGCCCACAGCUAUCCAGAUAAGCAUUAGUCCAGCACAUACCGCCGAGCCGGUACUGACGUCGGGCGAGCGCCUGCGCCGCUUGGACGCCUCCAUACGAGGCAAUUUGCUGGAGAAGCAAAAGAUCAUUUGUGAUAUCUUCCGUUUGCCAGUCGAGCACUUCAAUGAGAUUGUCGACAUUGCCAUGAUGCCGGAGGCACCCAAGGACAGUGCAGAUAUUGCGUUGGCCGCCUACGACCAGGUGCAGAUCCUAACCAAAAUGCUGAACGAGUACAUGCACGUGACGCCGGAGCAAGAGGUCUCCGCCGUCUCGACGGUGGUCUGCGGCCACUGUCACGAGAAGGAGAAGCUCCGCAAGAAGGCGACUCUGGUUUCCGCGUCGCCGCCUCCGCUGCCCCCACCGAAUAGACAGCAUGCACAAGCGCAGGCACAAAUACCAAUUUCCAGGAUGAUGCCCAAACUGCAGACUCUCGAUCUUGAAGAUGUGGCCAUACACGAGGACGAUGACGGAUACUGUGAGAUUGAUGAACUGCGGUUGCCUGUAGUACCCCUAAGGCCACUGACUGCACCCACCACGCCAUUGGCUCCGUUCAGAGCAGCUCCACCAGCACCAGCACCAGCGACAGCGACAGUAUCAACACCAACCACAGUAGUGGCAGCUGAGAGCAGUAACUCCAACGCGGAUAUUAAUAAACGACAGAGCACUCAAAGCACGGAUGGUGCUCAGGAGGAUUCUCCGUCGCAGAAGAAACAAUCCGAAGCGGAGGGCAAGUAUGAUACUGACAGUCCUGCCGAAGCACUCAAAACUGAGCCAGCACCAGAAGAUAAGCCACAAAAUACAAAUGAACAAAGGGCAGAAAAGGAAAGUAUUGAUGGCGAGAAAACUGAGGAAAAGCUUGAUUUGGCAAUCGCUGGAGCGCACUCUGACAAUGUGGCAUCGGCAUCCGCUUCGGCAUCUGGAUCUGCACCUGUGGAUGAAUUGCAACAGACUCCGAGCAGCGCGGGAACAGCAGGAGCAACGAAUGCAGACAAAGACCACGCCGGCGAAGAAGAAUCGGUAGCUAUCUACGAGUUGUUCGCCCAAUGUAAAGCCACUGAUGUGUGUGAUCCUCUGCAGGUGCAGCAUAUCCCGCUGUCUAUGGUCGAUAGCUCGACACAGACAACCGAAGCACCGACUGAAGCAGAGAAACCAGCAGUACCAGCGGCGCCUUCUGGGUCGGGCAGUAGCUCCUGUGGGCCGAACCGCAUACAGCAUGCCAGUGUGCUGGAGCCCAGUGUUCCCUGCCAUGCACUCAGCAGCAUUGUGACAGUACUAAAUGAGCAAAUUUCCAUGCUAUUGCCAAAAAUUAAUGAGCGCGACGUGGAGCGGGAGCGAUUGCGUAAGGAGAAUCAACACCUGCGCGAGCUUUUGAGCGCGUUGCAUGAACGCCAGCGAGUUGAUGAUGUAAAGGAAACUCCCUUUGAUAUUUCAAAGCUGAUGCGUGCUGAGGAAGUGGAGUUUGAUGACGAUAUUGACGCCAUGUCCAAUAGUUCCCUGACGCCGACACCCACGCCGAUACCGACAGCCUCGCCCAGCGCCAGCGCCAGCAGCAGCAGCCAGGCUCGGACAACGGAGGCCACGAAGGUGGAUGCGGAUGAGGAUGUGGAAUAAGGAGAUUGGAAGCUUGUUCACCUUUUUUUGUUGUAUAAAAUACAUAUAUUUGUUCUUGUUUUCCCCCCAAGACGCACUCGGUCCAAUUGAAUUGGCGGCGUUUAUGUUUUACAAGUAGCCUUCAUAGAGCAUGCCUUUACUACUGUUAAUAUUAUAGCUACAUUUGUUUUCUUAAAUAUAUUCCACUCCAGAUCCAAUAACACUCGAGUUAAGCUAAUAAUGUCCUCGUAAAACUAAUUAAACACAUAUACAUACACAGACUAUAUAUAUUAUGUAUAUGUAUGCAUAUUACCUACUUAAAUAAUAUAUUUGCUAAAUACACAAUGUUUGAUACAUUUAUAAAGAACAAUCAAAAAUAAAAGUAGUUAUUCAGA